AUGUGUGAGUGUAUGUGUGAGUGUAGGGUACCACAUUCCAGUAUGUGUGAGUCUAGGGUACCACAUUCCAGUAUGUGUGAGUCUAGGGUACCACAUUCCAGUAUGUGUGAGUGUAGGGUACCACAUUCCAGUAUGUGUGAGUGUAGGGUACCACAUUCCAGUAUGUGUGAGUGUAGGGUACCACAUUCCAGUAUGUGUGAGUGUAGGGGUACCACAUUCCAGUAUGUGAGUGUAGUACCACAUUCCAGUAUGUGUGAGUCUAGGGUACCACAUUCCAGUAUGUGUGAGUGUAGGGUACCACAUUCCAGUAUGUGUGAGUCUAGGGUACCACAUUCCAGUAUGUGUGAGUGUAGGGUACCACAUUCCAGUAUGUGUGAGUCUAGGGUACCACAUUCCAGUAUGUGUGAGUGUAGGGUACCACAUUCCAGUAUGUGUGAGUGUAGGGUACCACAUUCCAGUAUGUGUGAGUGUAGGGUACCACAUUCCAGUAUGUGUGAGUGUAGGGUACCAGUGUAG